AUGGAGAAGGCAGGUCCGCGCGUUCGUCCCUCUGAGGCUCUCCCGCUGCACAUACACACGAGCAAGGUGCAGCCUAAGAGACGAUGGAAGCUGGUCUCUGCCCUUAUCUCCCUCGCUGUCUUAUUCUACUGGCGAGAUUGCCUGAGUCGAUGUCUCCUGAGUUUUUCUAAAGUCAGCAGUCGCAGACGUGAAACUCACUCCUACACGCGCAACAAAGCCUACAUCAUUGAAGCCACCAAUGGAGCGGUUGCAAGCGAGAACGAGAUAUGCUCGAACAUCGGCGUAGGCACUCUCAAAGGAGGCGGUAACGCAGUCGAUGCUGUUAUUAGCACGACGCUAUGCAUCGGAGUUGUCAACAUGUUCUCUUCAGGAAUAGGCGGCGGCGGUUUCAUGACCGUUCGCAUACCACCAUCUUCACCGAAUACUUCCUCGGAGGUCUUUAACAUCGACUUCCGAGAGGUUGCACCUGCCCUUGCGAACACGACGAUGUACAAGAAUGAUCCCGCGGCGUCAUUAUUCGGCGGCCUUGCCGUGGGUGUCCCGGGAGAGCUGCGUGGGCUGGAGGAGGCACACAGGCGGUGGGGCACUCUGCCGUGGAAGCAGCUCGUGCAACCGAGUGUUGAGUUGGCUCGUGGUUGGACGAUGCAGACCGAAUUGUCACGCCGCAUACAUGAAGAGUUCUUCGCCUCGUUAAUGCUGGGGAACCCUGAUUGGCGUGCAAUCUUCGCUCCAAAUGGCAGAUUACUCCAAGCUGGAGAGACCAUCCGUCGCACGAAUCUCUCCCGCACUUUGGCCAUGAUUGCGGAGGAAGGCCCUGGAGCUCUGUAUAAGGGUCCCAUUGCCAACUCACUUGUGAAGAAAGUACACUCAACGGGAGGGAUCCUGUCGCACCAGGACCUAGAGCACUACAGGGUCAAAGUAAUGCCCGCUCUACAGGGGACCUACCGAGGCCGAACUGUCUACACUACACAUGCGCCCACCUCUGGACCAGUGCUACUACACAUGCUAAACCUAAUGGAACAUUAUGACGCCCUGAUAGAAGAAGGUAGAACACUAGAAAACAUGCACCGAUAUAUCGAAGCCAUGAAAUUCGGCUUCGCGGCACGGACGAAAGUCUGUGAUCCAACCUUCGCUAAUGAUAGUACCUCGAUAGAGGAAAUACCGACGAAAGCUUACAGCGACUUAGUCUUCCCAAACAUCACCGAUGAUCGAACACAUGCACCAGAGUACUACCAUCCCAUCUUCGAUAUGGUUGACGAUCAUGGAACGAGUCAUUCCUCCGUCGUGGACAAGAACGGUAUGGCAGUCGCUCUCACGUCGACAGUUAACAUGGUAUUCGGGUCUCAAGUCAUGGAUCCUGAGACCGGCAUCAUCCUCAAUGACCAAAUGGACGAUUUCUCCACCCCUGGGAAACCAAAUAUAUUCGGGCUCUAUCCCUCACCCUUCAACUACCCCGAACCUGGUAAACGUCCCUUGUCGUCGACCACUCCCACGAUCAUUGAGCACGAGGAUGGUUCUUUCUACUUGGCCAUCGGAGGAUCUGGCGGAUCGCGCAUUUUCCCGGCAGUGUUCCAGGUCAUUCUGAACAUGGACUGGGGCAUGGACGCCAGCGCCGCCAUCGAGUAUGGCCGCAUACACGACCAGCUCUACCCCUUGAUGGCGGAUGUGGACAGUGUAUAUUCUGACGAAAUUAUCGCUGGACUACGUGAGAAGGGACACAAUGUUACUGUCUCAGACAUCAAUAGAAUUGCUUCUGUCGUUCAAGUAGUAUCCAAGAAAGGUGAUAAUAUAUACGCCGCUAGCGAUUCCAGAAAGAACGGUGUUGCUGCGGGGUAUUAG